AUGACAACAUCUCAAACUUCUCCUCCCAAAUAUUUACAAGAGGAUAGUCUAAGUGAAGAGUGUAAGAAAUUGCUCUCUACCCUUCCAAAAGAAAAGGGAUGGAUUGGAUCAUAUAUCUACAAAUACCAAGGAUUUUGGACAUCACCAAGAUUGAUCCAAGGGGUGAGCAUUUAUGGACCAUUUUGGGAUCACGUGUUGGAUUAUUGGAAACAGAGCAUAGAAAAUCCAAACAAAGUACUUUUCCUCAUGUAUGAAGAAAUGAAAGAGAAACCAAAAAUUCAACUUAAACGAUUGGCUGAAUUCUUAGAAUGUCAAUUUUCUAUUGAGGAAGAAAAUUGUGGAGUUGUGGAUGAAAUAUUAAAAAUGUGUAGCUUUGAGAAUUUGAGCAAUUUGAAGGUGAAUACAAAUGAGAAGUUGCCAACUGGAGAGGGAAAUAAAACGUACUUUCGUAAAGGAGAGAUUGGAGAUUGGAAGAAUUAUUUUACCGUGGAGAUGAGUGAGAAUCUCAAUCGUAUCACAGAGCAAAAGUUUCAUGGAUUUGGAUUAAAGUUUUUAUAUACUUGA